ACGCUUCAGCGUGUUCUUCCACUCAUCUAACAUGGCACAGACAAUGCAGGCGCGUAUGACGCUCAAGAAUGCGCUCAAGAACGGCGAGAAGGGCAUGGGCUUCUGGCUGACCUUCCCUGGGCCCUCGGUCGUGCGCUCGAUCCUCUCCUCCGUCCGCGGCUUCAACUGGGUCCUGAUCGACGGGGAGCACGGCCAAAUCGCCGAGCGCGACUACUACGAGCUGGUGAACGCGGUGGCGCAGUACGGCGCGACGCCGGUCGUGCGCAUCCCCGUCGCGGACGAGGCGCUGGUCAAGCGCGCGCUGGACGCGGGCGCGCACGGCAUCAUGACGCCCAUGUGCCACAGCGCGGCGGACGCGCGCGCCGUCGUCGCGUGGAACAAGUAUCCGCCGCGCGGCACGCGCGGCUUCGGGCCGAUGUAUGCUGGUGCGAGCUUUGGGAUUGGGGAGGGCGCGUACGCCGCGGAAGCGGACGACGCGUUGCUCGUCAUGGUGCAGAUUGAGAGCCGGGCGGGCGUGGAGAACGUCGAAGAGAUCGCGCGCGUCGAGGGCCUCGAUGUGCUUUUCAUAGGUGUGUUAGCGCCGAACACGCUGACGGCAGGCCCGUACGACCUCUCCAAGUCGAUGAACGUCGAGUUCGGCGGCGACGAGCAUAAUGCCGCGAUCGCGCGCGUGCUUAAAGCCGCACACGAUAACGGCAAGGUCGCGGCCAUCUUCUGCGGGAACGGCGAGACGGCGCGCGCGCGUCUCGCGCAAGGCUUCGACAUGGCCAGCGUCGCGACUGACAUCGGCAGCCUCGUGGCGCAGAUGGCGCGCGAGCUCACCAACGCUGGCGGGCAUGCGCAGGAGAAGAAGGGCGGCGGAUACACUUAGCACAUGCAUAGUCUAGCAC